AGAAUCACGGGGAGUUAAGGGACAAAUCUUUUCCAAUUUAAAGCGAUACGUCGGGAUUCCCUUCGAAUAGUGUCAUUUUUGGCAGCAAGCACAAAUAAGCGGCCAGUUGGUAACACCAAAAAAAAGAGACAACCAAUCAUAGAGCGACUUUUGUGGUAUUAAAUUUUUGUUUCUUUUGGCCCACCUUUUCGUCAUUGCCUUUUGCAAAUCCCCGUUGGCCUAAUGAGAGCUUAAUCAGAUGGUUUGGAUGGUUUUCAUUGGUUUGGUAGAAAGAUCGAACGAAUGGUUUGGAAGCAGCCCUCGGGGGGACCGAGCGGCGGUUGAACCAAGCCCAAAAUUAAGUCACGUGUACAACAGCCACAGCGAGAGAGAGACCGCUCUAAAUUUGGGCUCGGAGCAUCGUUCUUAAUAUUUUUUUUCUCCACUGCUUUUCUUUCAUUUGCUUUGACACACAAAAAACCAUGAUUGGCAGAGCAGCACUUUUUCAGCGCCAACUCGUACGAUCCGGUGCGUUUGCUUCCAAGCGAUCUCUUCCUCAGAUCACCCGUGCUUUCUCCAAGAAUACCGGUGCACAAUACGCUGCUGCGGUGAAGGACGCUGUUUCCCCUUCUUCUGAUUCGCUCGGUUUCGAAUCGCAACCUGUAGCUGUCGCUGGUCGGCCCAUUUAUCUCGACAUGCAAGCGACCAGUCCCAUGGAUCCCCGUGUGCUGGAUGCUAUGCUUCCCUAUCAAACCGAAUUAUACGGUAACCCUCACUCUCGCACUCAUCCUUAUGGCUGGGAAAGUGAAAAAGCCGUCGAUAAAGCUCGUGAGUAUGUCGCCAAAUUGAUUGGUGCUGAUCCCAAGGAAAUCAUCUUCACAUCUGGUGCGACGGAAUCCAAUAAUCUUAGUAUCAAGGGCGUGGCUCGAUUUUACAAGAACAAGAAGAAGCACAUUAUUACCACUCAGAUCGAACAUAAAUGUGUGCUUGAUUCUUGCCGCAUGUUGCAAGAGGAAGGCUUUGAAGUGACUUACCUUCCUGUGCAAACCAAUGGUAUUGUUGAUUUGAAGACCCUCGAAGAUGCUAUCCGUCCCGAUACCGCCAUUGUUUCCAUCAUGACCGUGAACAACGAAAUUGGUGUGGUGCAACCUGUGGCCGAGAUUGGCAAAUUAUGUCGGUCAAAGAAGGUGUUCUUCCAUACCGAUGCUGCUCAAGCCGCCGGUAAAAUCCCCUUGGAUGUUAAUGCCAUGAAUGUCGACUUGAUGAGUAUUUCCGGUCAUAAGCUUUACGGUCCCAAAGGCAUCGGUGCCAUCUACGUACGAAGACGGCCGAGAGUGCGUUUGGAAGCUGUUCAAAGCGGUGGUGGUCAAGAACGUGGUCUUCGCAGUGGUACCGUGCCUACCCCUCUCGUUGUUGGCAUGGGUGAAGCUUGCCGCGUCGCCCUGGAGGAAAUGGAGUAUGACCACAAACGAAUUUCCAUGUUGUCCAAGCGAUUGAUCGAUGGCAUUACUGCGGAUGUGGAUGAAGUUACACGCAAUGGUGAUCCCGUAAAGUCAUAUCCUGGCUGUGUGAAUUUGUCAUUUGCCUAUGUGGAAGGCGAAUCUCUGCUGAUGGCACUUAAAGACAUUGCCCUGUCCUCUGGUUCCGCUUGUACAUCGGCGUCUUUGGAGCCUUCCUAUGUGCUUCGUGCCCUUGGUGCGGAUGAUGAGCAGGCUCACAGUUCCAUUCGAUUCGGUAUCGGUCGAUUCACUACUGAAGAAGAAAUUGACUUUGUCAUCAACAAAGUCAAGCAACAUGUUCACAAAUUGCGAGAAAUGUCCCCUCUUUGGGAAAUGGUGAGCAUUUGGAUCUUUAUCUCGCGGAAAAGAAGUGUGCGAUAUUAAUCAUUUUGUUUUCCUUCUUUUUCAGGUUCAAGAGGGUAUUGAUCUCAAGUCUAUUCAAUGGUCUCAACACUAAAAAAAAAGCGUUCUCUCCUUGACACUUUCCUUGGUCCAAUGACUUUUUACCUUUUCGUCUUUUUUUUUUACCAUAUCCGCCAUAACAAAUAAAAUAAAAUAAAAUAAAAAGUUGAUAAAUAUUUACAUGUAUGCGAAAAUGAGCA